UAAAAAAAAAAAAACGUUGCUAAUUACAAAAGAGCUUCAACAACAUGGAUCUAGAGCCUCGUGUGGCCAUAUUGCAGGAUCUGCGAUUACAGACCUUUGAUUCCAUACGUUUUGCAUCGUAUAGAACGGCCUCGAAAUUGCGUUAUAUACAGAAAUCGACAAAUUUACAUUUGGUUGAUAUAUGGAAUGUUAUUGAGGCAUUUCGUGAGAAUGGUCUGAAUACCCUAGAGCAACAGAGUGAGGUUAGUGUGGCUAGAUUGGAAACUCUGGUCUCGUCCCUCUAUCAUAAUCUAAAUAAACGUCUUCCUACGGCCCAACAAGUGCCAGUUGAUUCCAAGGCCGGAUUGCUGCUCAAUUGGUUACUGGCAGCGUAUACAAGUGAUAAUUCAGGCAAAAUACGUGUUUUUUCGAUCAAAGUGGCCCUAGCUACCAUGUGCUCUGGCAAAUUGGUUGAUAAACUCAGAUAUAUCUUCUCACAAAUUUCGGAUGGUGCUGGGCAAUUGGUUGCCUGGAAAUUGUCAGAGUUUUUGCGAGAAGUAUUGGCAUUGCCGGCCGCCGUUUAUGAAUCGCCCACAUUCCAUUAUAAGGAUGGCCUCGAAGAGGAAAUCUUUCCGGCUGAGAAUAAGGUUACAGUUAAUGAUUUCAUGGCAACACUUAUGUCUGAACCGGGUCCGUCGUGUUUGGUUUGGCUACCGCUUCUACAUCGGCUGGCCACUGUGGAGACCAUUGUGCAUCCGACGAUCUGUUCUGUUUGCCACAAGGAAAAUUUCACCGGAUUUCGUUAUCGUUGUCAGCGGUGUCACGCCUACCAAUUGUGCCAGGAGUGCUUUUGGCAUGGCAAGACAUCGCUGAACCACCAAAACGAUCACGAGGUCAAGGAAUACUCGAGCUACAAAUCGCCAAGCAAACAGAUUGGACACUCGCUGCGCAAAAGCUUCCGCUGUGUGCCCGAGAAGACGACGCAAGUGUUGCCACGAUUCCCCGAUCAGCCAGAAAAGACCCUCAACUUGUCCCACAUUGUGCCGCCGUCCCCGUUGCCCUCGCACAAUGGUUUCAAUGAUCACCAACAUCCGCUUCAUGCCGCUGCCGCCGGCGGUGGGCUGCCCGGUAUGUUUGAUCGAGCUAGUACUUUGGACUCACGAGCCACGGGACGUAGUUUGGAUAGUGCAACGAUGUCGCGUGUGGCAGCUGCUUCGGCCAAUGAUGAAGAGCAUCGUCUUAUAGCUCGUUAUGCUGCCCGUUUGGCCCAAGAAAAUCGAGCACCCUCGAACAUGCCAGAGAAUGCCACGCCCAUUGGCACAGAUAAUUCACGAGCCCAGCGUGAAUUAAUUGCCCAAUUGGAAGCCAAGAAUAAGGAGAUAAUGCGUGAGAUAGCACGCCUGCGACGUCAACAGGAGACUGAACAGAUGGCACCCGAGAAUCCGGCCCUGAUCAAUGAGCUGCGUGCCCUGCGGCAACGUAAGGGUGAACUGGAGGGCCAUUUGGGAGCAUUGCAGGAUUCCAGGCGUCAGCUAAUGGAACAACUGGAGGGCCUAAUGCGUAUGCUAAAGAAUCAACAGACUGCCUCGCCACGUUCGACACCCAAUUCGAGUCCGCGUUCGGGUAAAUCGCCGCCCAUGCCGGGUGGUAUGAAUGUGGGUGCUGGUAUCCUUGGCACAUCGCCAAUGAGUGCCCUCCAUGCACAGCAAUUGCAACAAAUGCAACAACAACAACAACAGCAGCAUAACAUGCCAGGAUCUCGAGGACCAUCGCAGCAGCAGCAACAACAGCUAGCAAUGCAACAUCAACAGGCAGUCCAGCAACAAGGACACGGCGGACCCUUUAGCCAGACUCAGUUGGAUCAAUUGAAUCAGAUAAGCAGCGAUAUGCGUAGCGCCUUUGCCGCCAAUGGCAGUGCAAAUUUCGAUGAAUCUCAAUCGUAUAAUCCAGAAUGGAAUGAAAAGGCAAAUGCGAAUAGCCAAUGGCAGGAACAGUUUGCCCAAUGGAGUCUCAAUUCACAAAAGAACUAAAAUCGAACCUGGGAAAAUAACCAUGAUCAGGCAUAAUGGUUUGGGUUGGACAAAUCGGUGGAAUGAUUGAAGAAACUCUCGCUUAGCUUUUUACCUUAACUCUUAUGUUGGAUUUAGAGCAAUUUAUUUAUUGUUUAACUUAAAUCGUUUAUUUAAUUAUUGGAGGGGAUAUAUAUGCAUACAUAUUUGUAUGAAACAAAUAAGAAAGUAACAUAUUAUAUUUAUAUAUAUAUAAAUAUUGCUCCUUUAUAUAUUGUGGAAUCUCGUUUUAGCAAUAAUAAUUGCAGAAUUUUACUUUCUACACUAAAAAUUACGUUUUUAAGCUUUCUCGCCUGAUUUGCGGGGCAAAUAUUUAUUGAAAAUCAAAUCGAAAUGAUAAUUCAAACACAAAUAAUAUUUAUACACAAAAUAUAUUAGACAUUUACAUAAUGUACUUAAACAACUAGCAACUUGUUAAAAAAAAAAAAAGACAAACAAAAAUCGGAACCGUAAAAUCAAAUCAAAUUCUAAAUGCUGAUUCUUGUCAUGCUUCUUCUCCGACUCCUCCAUUAUCCCUUGGAUAUACAAUAAAAACCAAGCAAAAAAAAAAACAAAAACAAAAAACUUAAUGAACAAG